UCGGUAAUUUUCAAUGCUACCAACCGUGCCUCUUCACGGCAGCAGCCAGGGUCCAAGUCUACUUUCGAGAAUAACGAGAAUUCGAGCACGCAACAUCAACACGAUACGUUCGCGUUCGAAGUAUCCGCUGGUUACGGUGUGACAUUAGCCCACAUUAGCCUGGCCGACGUGCCACUGCCUGCCUUUAUGGCGAAUUGAGUCGGCGAGGCUAGACUUGCGACUCCCGGUGCGUACACGUACACACACCCUCAACCAUGCUGGGAACUUAUUUCUGGGAGAAUUGGAGGUACAGCAAUGCCCCGGAGGGCCAGAAUCCGUUCGAAAAGAUCGUCGGACUGACGAAAUAUGGGUUUGUCGGUAGUGCCGGAGUGGGCAUAUACGAUUCCAUACUCCUAUCUCAGACAGCGGGCUUCUGGAAUACGGUGAAUUGCCUGUCCUACUGGGUGAUACCGGUCACUGCCAUGUGCGCCACGUUCGCCUCCGUGGCGUACACGACGACGAAAAUUAGGGGGAAAGACGGCUAUCUCAGUUACAUUCUGGCCUCGUUAGCCACAGGCGGGAUCUGCUAUUGUUGGCAGAAGAAGGGUCCGUUCUCUCAUCACUUUACGGUUUUAUUGAUGGGGUGCGCCACGAUCAAGAAGUACGGCGACUUGAACGAUUGGAAUCCCUUGCCGUUGAACCCGGAAGUACGAGAGCAAUAUACCAGCAUCCCGUUCGACUUCACCCUCACCAAGGAUCCCAGGGGACGCAGGCCAUGGGAGUAAUAUGAUAUUUCGUGUACAGAAAGGAAAUAAUUAGUGCUGACGUAAGUCAGGUGGGGAAAUAUUGUAUAAUUGAUGAUGUACAAGGAGAUACCAAAUGCGUAUCUUUCGUCAUGUAUUUAUUCAAGUUCUAGUACAGGAAAUAAAAAGGAUUGUAAAAAGGA